AUGGAGGGGGUUAGAGUAACGCAUCAAGGUUUAAAGGCACAUACGCCCGAGGGUUCAGCUAGUAGGAUAACACAGGCUGGUCUCGCAGCACGGAGUCCUGAAGGCACAGCAGCUAAAGCAAUGGCUAUAAAGGGCCACGAGGACUUAUGGGUUGAAAUUCAAGCUAACACUUUUAAAAACUGGGUCAACGAGACCUUGAAGCCCAUGAAUAUUAAGGUUCAUGAUCUAGUAGAAGACCUUCGAGAUGGAACAGUACUGUGCUCCCUGGUGGAAGCUCUACAGGGCCGAAGAUUGAAAGGUUGGAGUCCUAAACCAACCAACCAGCACCAUAAAUUGGAAAAUGUUACAAAUGCUCUACAAGCUAUUGAGGAUGAUGGUGUUAAGUUAGUUAAUAUUGGUAACGUGGACAUCGUAAAUGGAAAUUUAAAAUUAAUCCUCGGGUUAAUCUGGUCACUGGUUGUUCGUUACCAGAUUGGCAGAACCAAAUUCCCACCUAGAAAACUUAUGUUAUCAUGGCUACAAGCAGCUUUACCAGAAUGUCGCGUUGGAAAUCUCACUACUGACUGGAAUAGCGGUGUGCUCCUUUCUGCUCUACUCGACUAUUGCAAGCCCGGCAUCUUCCCCAAUUGGAAAGAACUUAAUCGCCACGAAGCUAUUGAAAAUUGCAGAAGGGCUAUGAAGCUUGCCCACAGAGAACUAGAUGUACCGAUGGUGUUGGAGCCUGAGUACUUAGCUUCGCCAUGGCUAGACGAAUUAUCUGGUAUGACAUACCUGUCCUACUUCAUGAAACCAGAUUCAACAGGUGUAAAGUCAACUUUGGAUUGGGUCAACUCUCGUUUGGAAAGAUCUAUUACUAACUUUACGACGGAUUGGAACGACGGUCGCGUAGCCAACGAGCUAGUGAGAUCGAUGGGAGGUCCCGCGCCGCCCCCGAGUAGACUCAGGCGAGACCCAGCGCGAUGGGAGGAAAAUUGUCAGCUGGCUAUUGAUGCCGGCAAAAAAUUAGGAGUGCAGCCGGUUGUCUCAGCUAAAGACAUGAGCCAAAGUGAUGGGGAGCAUCUGGGUGUGAUGACGUGGGCUACACAAUUCCGCAAUGUGCCACCACGGCCACCUGUACACGAUAUGCUAAGAGUUGCUCUUGACUCUACAUCAGGAAGAGUUGGAGAACCAACUUAUAUCAAAGUAGAAAGCAUAUCACAUGAACUGUCUAUGUCAGAAGUAAAAGUGUCAAUAGUCAAUCCAUUGGAACAAGAAUCCAGGUUAAGAUUGGACUCUAAGGGCGCGGGCGAGUUUGUCCCUGAACACGCAGGCAUGCAUGAAAUAGUGCUUACAGCUAAUGAUAUCAGGGUUGAUGGCAGAUAUUUCUUCAGAGUUCUUCCUCGGUUAGUGUCAGUCCCACCACCAGGUAUGGCUCCUUGCGCAGCCGGCAGCAUCGUUGAAGUACUAGUUAGCGCCACAGGUGCACCGAGAAGAGAAGACGUAGAUGUUACUGCUCAUUCACCAAGUGGGCGUUCUGUAUCCUUAAAAGCUCGACAUCCCCCACCUUCAGCUCCAGGAACUACAGCGUCGAGUGCCACCUUCCAACCUGAUGAAGCUGGAGUUUGGACAAUAGCUAUAACUUAUAAGGGAGAACAUAUCCAGGGCGGACCAUUUACCUGUGAAGUUUUCGAUCCAGCAGGAGUACGUUUGAGUUCAGGUGCAUUAGAAGGGGCAGAACCACUCAAGCCACAUUCAUUUGAGUUAGACACAAGCGGCUGUGGAGUCAAAGGUGACCUCCAAUUAGAUAUUGUUCAUGACAAGAGAAGUGUCAUGUGCGCAUUAGAGAAACUGUCUCCGACGAAAUAUCGUGCUACAUUUAUGCCUAAGGCACCUGGAAAACAUAGGCUAUAUAUUUACUUCAAUGGCUAUGACGUUCAUGGAUCACCACACGUCUUCCGAGUAGGCCCAAGAUCCAAAAAACCACGAGAUAGUGCAAGCCCGUCGCCAGCGUAUGCUAGAAUAUCUAGUCCAGUCUCUAGAUUGAGAUCGGAAAGUCCCCACAAUAACUACAAUUUAUAUGAAACGAAUACAAAGCACGGUACGAGCUCAAUAGAUCGCCGAGAAGAGCGACGAAACUCGACGGAUUAUUACAAAUCUUCGUUUGGAUCAGAUAUAAAAGAAAAAAGUUACGAUGCUACCGAUUCGUUUUCAAAUUCAAGAUUAAAUACACGAGAGAAUUAUAAAACGUACGAUUCGGAAAGUCCUAGGAAUAGGACUUCCAGCCCAAUAACAUCGAAACAUCUGGGGAAUGGUUCACGUCUCGAUUUUGCCAGGUCGAGCAGUCCAUACAGAGCUAGCAGUCCAUACAGGGCGACGAGUCCGGUCGGUCGGACGAGCCCGCUAACGAGGAAAGAUAGUCCUUUGAAUAGGACAGCCAGUCCAAUUAAUCGUGUUAGUAGUCCCACCGAUCGCUACAGCCCCGUUACAACAACAAAGCGAGUGGUAGAAAAGCGGUCAAACUAUAAGAUGUACAGCUCGUACAGUGGGUCCCAAGACAAUCUUGAUCAGAGUAGUCCACUUUCGUCGUUGGAAACUGAUAGAAUAAAAAGAUAUGGAAGCCCAAGUUCUGCAGAUACAGGUGACCCAGGAGGAAAGCCGCAUCGCUUACGAAACGACUCCUGGGAUACUGUGGAAACUACUAGAAAGAUGUUUAGCAAUAACAGCAUUGAUUCAACAAGCGACCGCUACGGACAAAGUACUCUGGAUCGUGAAACGCACCGCAACACACAGUUGAACAAGUUCAGCGAUUUCUCGCGCGAUACCCUUAAUCGGCACCUAGACCGGAUGGUCGACGAGCGAGACUCGGAUACGUACACGAGUCGUCAAGAAAUCACAAAACGCGAAGUACGAGAGAGCUCAUACGUAGUGCGAGACUCAUCAUACAGUAGCGUAGAAGAGAAACACCAACAACAGCAGUCUUUUUUAUCCAAUAGGCCCUCCCGCGACCCGAUCGGGGGGGCCCGCACUGAAACGGAUGCUGCACACACCCGUUUCAGACUAAUUCAAAGGGAUAACAAUAGAGGCUCAAAAGGAAUAGUCAUAAAACCAACUUACAAAGGAAUGGUAGGACAACCUGUUGAAUUUAUAGUGGAUGCGAGUACCGCUGGACCUGGUCAACUGGAGUUAGAAGUUUCUGGCGGUAACGGCACUUUAGUAGCGAGCUCGGUGAGACCGCUUGGUGGUCACAAGUACAUGGCAGCAUUUACGCCUCGCGUAAUGCGACCGCACUCUGUCCGAGUUACUUUUAACGAUGAACAUGUUCCGGGGUCCCCGUGGAAGGUUGAAGUGAUGGCAGGGCCGGCGGGUGGCGGCGGCGGAGAGCCGACGAGGCUGAUCCCCGCGCGGGUGCCGGCCGUCUUCGAGAUAUCUACUUCGCCUGGCGCACCCACGUUCAGUAAAAACGAGGUCGGAGUCACAGUGACAGCUCCCUCUCGCCGACCGGUGACUGCUCGCGUGUUGGACGUAGUAGAACGACCCGGCGUGUACCGUAUCGAAUUCACGCCAGAUGAAGUUGGCACACAUUUAAUUGAUGUAUCCAUCGGCGAAGACAAACUAGCUGCGGGGCCAUUAGUUGCCAAAGUGUACGAUGCAAGCCUUAUCAAAGUAACGGAUGUGGGAAAUGCCUUGGUUGGACAACAGUGCCAGUUCAGAGUUGACGCCAGUGCUGCGGGUGAAGGGCAAUUAGAAAUUUCAAUCAAUGAGGGCGAAGUCCCCAAUCAUGUACAAGUUGUAGGGGGAGGUCGCUGUCUAGUUUUCUGGAGACCAGAAACACCUACACCUCAUAGAGUUGACAUAAAAUUCAAUGGAGAACCAGUGCCUUCCUCGCCCUUCGUUUUUCACGUAGCACCAGCACAAAGAGUCACAAUAGACACUUCGCAAGUUGAGCUUAUACCAGUUGGUGAGUUAGCGUCCUGUUCCGUGCGAGUAGAAGGUUCCGGUGGUGGCGAGCUCACUGUUACAGUUCGAGGACCGAGAGGCGAAGUACCAGUACGUCUGACUGGAGAGGCUAUAUCAGGGCUAGUGGCGAGCUUUACACCUAAACACGUUGGACCUCACACACUCACAGCUCAUUAUAAUAAUCAGCCUGUGCCGGGUACACCAUUUGUUUGCAAAGCCUAUGACAGCAAGUUAGUUAGUGUCACUGGUGGAUCAUCUGCUAGAAUUGGACUACCAGUGCAACUUGCUGUGGAUGCGGCUCAAGCUGGAGAAGGCAAUCUAGAAAUUACAGUAGCUGCAAAAGGUCAAAAUAUUCCAACACAAGUUCAUCCACAAGGAAAUGCCAGAUUUACUGUCUCAUUCACACCAACCGAAGCUUGUGAACACAUUGUAAAUGUAUCUUUUAAUAAGAUGCGAGUACCUGGCUGCCCACUUAUAAUAGAUGUAUCCGAAGGCAGUGGAGUAGGAGCCAAAGUUACUUUACCUGGACCAGUUCCUCUUCACCAGCCAGCAUCUUUGACUCUUCACCACCCAUCAGCGACGCUUGACCAAAUAGAAGUAAAUGUUGAGGGUCCGAACGGUGCGUCAGUGCCGGCGGCGGUGGCUGCGGCGGGCGUGGGCACGUUCCGAGCAGAAUUCGUACCCCGCGCUGUGGGGGAGCAUCGCUUGAAUGUGCUAGUGGAUAGCAUGCCUAUACCCGCUAGCCCGUUUCAUUUAAAAGUAUACGAUGUAACUGCUAUAAGAGUCAAAGAUGUCGCCCAUGGUACGGUGGGAAAACCAGUCACGUUUUUAGUGGAGACAAUGGCUGCUGGACCAGGCAACCUCGAAGUGACGGUUAACGGCGGUAGAGUACCUACAGCCGCAGCCGCCCAAGGCGCGCACACUUACGCCAUCAGUUUCACACCAAGGGACCCACGACCGCAUACAGUUGAACUUCGCUUCAAUGGUGAUCAUGUACCUGGAAGUCCAUUCGUCUGUCACGUGUCGGCGCCAGCCCGAGUGAUAGGCGCUGGUUCCGGGGAAUCCCCAGACAAAGUAUCUGUAGGCGAUGCAUAUACCUUCAGCGUCGACUCGCCGACCUCGCCACAUGUGGAAGUACUGGGACCAGCUAGGAGGCCUGUGGCCGUCCAGGUUUCAGCCGAAGAAACUGUUGGUGAAAAUGAACCUAGUAAGAGAUAUACAAUUUCUUUCGUACCAGUCGACGUCGGUGAUCACAGUAUUGAGGUUCGGGCCGGUGCAAUGGGCGGUCAUGUUGAGGGCAGCCCCUUUUUAGUGAAAGCGUACAGUGCGUCGCGAGUGUCCGUCACCGACAUAUCUCCGGGUGUCGUUGGAAGACCUGUUGCGUUCACUAUCAAUGCUUCUCAUGCUGGUGCCGGAAACUUAGAAAUCAUAGUAGCAGUAAAUGGAAGAAAUGUUCCCAAUUACGUGCAAAGUGAAGGAAAUGCUAGAUUUAAGGUGAACUUCAAACCAACAGAAGCAGCGCCCCACACCCUCUCAGUCCGGUUCAACGGGCACGCAGUCCCGGGCUCGCCCUUCACGUGCAUAGUGUCCGCGCCGGCGGCCGCCGCCGACGCCAGGGCCAGCGGCCCCGGGCUGAGCUCCGCGCCUAGAGGGGAACCCGCGGAGAUACAUCUCACUGGCUUCCAUACCGGUGAACCUACAAUAUACGUGACGGGUCCCGGCGGCAGCAGCGUGCGCACGCGGGUGACGCCCGCCGGCGAGGGCAGGUACGCCGGCGCGUACACGCCCGAGGCGGUGGGGCGCCACAGCGUGCAAGUGCAGUGCGCGGGGCGGCACGUGCCGGGCUCGCCGUUCACGUGCAACGUGUACGACGUGCGCCGUGUACGGGUUACUGGACUUGGUCCUGGAGAAUUAGAAGGUACACUCGAAGGGUUGAGUUUAGACGAGAAUGUUGAUGAAGAGCGAGGAGUAGAAGUCGGCAAGCCGGUGACCUUCAGCGUAGACGCGGCCGGCGCGGGGGAGGGCACCCUCGAGCUCGUCGUGUCUACACCCUCUACUACUGUGAAGGCUGAAGUGGUAGCGGUGGCGCGCGGGCUGUACGACGUGACGUUCGUGCCGGUGUCGCGCGAGCCGCACCGCGUGUCCGUCACCUUCAACGAGCACGCCGUGCCCGGUAGCCCCUUCGUGUGCCGCGUCAGUGAACCACACACGUACGUGCAAACAGGUGUAAUAGCAUCAAUAGAAAUCGACGAAAGCUUAUCCGAGGUAGAAGUGAUAUCUCCAACUGGAUCUCGAAUAUCUGAAGCCAAUCUUGAGGACACUGGUCUUCUUACGUUCCCAGCUAAUAGAGUGGGAAGGUAUCUCGUGAGGAGUCCAAGAGGGCCGAUUGCUGAAGUAGAAGCGUUAGAUGCGACUGCUGUUAAAGUCUUAUCUAUAGGGGAAGCGGUGGCACAUAGACCUGCUAUUCUUACUGUGAGCACGGCGGGCGCGGGCGGCGGGCGACUGGCGGCGCGCGUGCACUGCGGCGGCGCGGCGGUGGCGCACUCGGUACGGCGGCGCGGUGGCGCGCGCGCGGAGCUGGUGUGGCACCCGGCGCGCGCCGCGCCGCACCGCCUCACGCUGCUGUGGAGCGGCGUGCCCGUCGCCAGGGAACCGCUCGUCGUUGACGUCAUGCCCGCGCAGCACGGGCAAGAGGUGACAGCAUCUGGUCAGGGAUUGUACCAAGCUCAAGUGAGUAAAGUGGCAUCAUUCAGCAUUGACACUCUCGGACGUCCUGCGAGAGAGUUCGACGUAGUAGUCUCCGGCCCCGGCUCUAGAGCGCUCCCCGUAAGAUGCUACCAGACAAAAUCGGGUUUACUACAAGCCGAAUUUUCCAUAAAUGAAGUGGGACAAAGUACUAUAGAGGUGCUUCAUCUUUCGAAACCAGUCACAGGCAGCCCGUUCACAUGCGAAUCUUUCGAUCCGAAUAAAGUUAUCUUAUCUGGAUUGCCAACAGGCAAUAUUAUAGUACAAACACCUAUCAAUUUCACAGUUGACACAAAAGACGCGGGUGUAGGCGAAUUAGAAGUUGUGUGUGAAGCUCUGGGCGAUAGGAGAGUAAGAUUGCCAAUUGACAUAAGAGAAGAUGGGCACACACACAAAGUUCGACUGCGGCCCACAGUACCAGCACACUAUAGAAUUUAUAUUACAUAUGGAGGUUCACCAGUAGUUGGGAGUCCAGUCUCGCUGGGAGUCCUAAGCGGCAAGGCGAGCAACGCAGCGAAGUGCUCGGGCACCGGCCUCGCGCACGCGCACGUCGGCAAGGAGGCCGCCUUCACCAUACAGUGUGUGGAGGACACUGCGCCUACUGUUCAAGUGGAAAAACUCACAGACAACAAAGAGGAGUCAACAGAUUCGGGUUUACUAGAAUGUAGGGUGCUAGCGGGCGCGCCGCGGGAGUGGCUCUGUGCGUACAUCCCUCUGGUAGUGGGCCAGUAUGAAGUUAGGAUUUUCACUACCUCAGGACCUUUGCCUGGAAGCCCGUUUUCUGUUAAAGUGAUCGACACAUCAGCAAUACAGGCAGUAGGCGGCUGGGGCGCGGACGGCGCGGGCCGGGUCCGCGCGCCCUCCAAACUGGUCCUAGACACAAGCAACGCGGGCCCCGGCACACUGGAGUGCUUGCUGGCCGGUAGACACCAGCGUGUAGAAACAGUAUCCGGCCGAGCAGUAGUAACUCUAACCGCAGCGGAAGGGGUGAGUGGGGAGCAAGAGUUAGAGCUCACAUAUAACGGGGCGUUAGUCGCCGGGGCCCCUCGCAAGGCCCUCGUGGCCUCUGGGAAUACAGCGGAUAGAGUCACACUAGCUGGGAGAGGACUGGCCCACGCCGCGCCUCAUACACCCGCUGUGUUUACUAUCGAUGGUAGUGCCGCGGGUCCUGGGGCCCCCGAGGCCUCUCUGACAUCUCCAGAAGGAGACUCGGUGUCGGUGGCGCUGGCAGCGGCCGGGCCCGGCCUGUGGAGGGCGACGUACACGCCGCGGAGACCUGGAGACCACCAGUUACGGGUUAUGUGGGCCGGACGACUCGUUAAAGGUUGUCCGCUAACAGUGAAAGUAAUGGCGGGCUCGGAGAGCGGGGACGCGUCGCGCGUGGUGUGCUCGGGCGCGGGGCUGGCGGGCGGCGUGCUGGGCCGCGAGGUGCGCUCGUGGAUAGACACGCGGCGCGCCGGCCCGGGGGAGCUCACCGCGCAUUGCACUGGACCUAACAAGGUAGCGUACUGCGAGCUGUACGAGCACGGCGACGGCACGUUCACGCUGAACGUGAAGCCGGCGGAGGCGGGCCGCCACGUGCUGAGCGUGCAGUUCGCGGGUGAGCACGUGCCCGGCUCGCCCUUCGUGCUCAAGGUCGCCGGUGCCCCAGAUCCGUCUAAAGUGCGAGUGUACGGACCGGGGGUGGAGCCCGGCGUGCUGGCCACGUUCCAGUCGCGCUUCCUGUGCGACACGCGCGGCGCCGGCGCCGGCCAGCUCACCGUACGCGUGCGCGGGCCCAAGGGUGCCUUCCGCGUCGAGAUGCAGCGCGAGACACAGAAGGAUAGGACCAUAUUGUGCAAGUUUUCACCCACCGAACCAGGCGAUUACCGUGUAGAAGUGCGAUGGGCGGGCCGACACGUCCCCGGCUCGCCCUUCCCCGUCAUGAUAUUCGACACUCAAGAGGAGUUACGACGUUACAUGCAAGCUACUGCCGCA